UAUGUCAUCUACUUCAAGUCAACAACACUCUAGAUCAUCUCUAAGUUCAAUUUUCUCCAAGCAAAGUUCAAUCACGACUGACGAUGGUGCAGCUUUUGGAGCUUGGGCUCAACAUAAUUACUACGAUUUACCAGAAGAGCCUAUUAAUUUUCCCAUGUCAAAUAGACCACCAAGAAAGGAAUCAUCAUCAUCAGUCUCUUCAAGCAGUCUGUCAAGCACUGAACAAUUUGACAAUGCUUAUUCAAGAAGAAGGGAAUGUUUUGAAGAGAAAUCAAGUUUCGAAUCAAGUUUAUCGUCGACAUCAAAUUUUGCCAUUCCAGCAGAGGAUGUCCUGAUGAAUUUGGGUUUCGGGUCAACGCCUAAUAUUUUACCCGAAAGAUUCGCGAAAGAAUGGUAUGAAAAGAUGAUGAAAACCCGUAUGAGGAAGUUAGAGGAAGCCAAAAGGCGAAGAGGUCAGUACGCUAACCAGAAACAAAAAUCUUUGCCAGUUCACGAAGAAGAGGAUGAAAAAAAGGAACUGGAAACUAUUCCAAAAGUCUCGAAAAUCGAGAAAAUUUUAGAAGAAAAAGAAGUGGAAACCAAAGUUGAUGAUGGUAAAAAAUUAGUAUCUCUUCCAUCAAUUGUUGUCAAUGAGAAACCUACAAUUGUUCAACAAUCAAGUUCAUCACUGGAGGUUGCCGAAAUUUUUCGUUCAGACGACAAACAACCCCCGUCUAGACGUUUAUCAAUAAGAAGUAAUGAAGACCGACUAUGCCCUCCUUCUCCGUCCGCUUACGGUUUGUCACCAAAUGCCUUGUCACCGGUUACAGUCAUUGAAAUGGACCAGUUGGACAAUAUAAAUGACACAGAACAACCUGGGGAAUUAUCGGCCAUAAGCGAAGAGGAAUUAAUUUAUACAAUAACAAGUCAAAUCACUAAUCAAAAAGAGAAUAUAGCAGAGAGACGAUCUGCUUUUACCUCUACCAACUCUGCAGACCCAGAAGGCAAAAUAGAAACAAAUCUAAUAAUGUUUACUCAGGAUGUUGCAAUCCAAGAGGAUGAUGGAAGAAUUUCUCCAAUUAUAAUGAGACCAACACCAUAUUUUGAGGAAGACGAUCAAUUCUGUAUUGUUAUGGACAAGUCUACACAAACAGUGAUGCCUUCCAAUGAAUGUAAAGAGGUACAAACGAACAAGGUUCAUAAAUUAUGUAUAGGAACCCAAACGGCUCAUAACUGGCAAAAUGGUGAGGACAAUAGUGCUGAAUUUGAGUCUUUCGUUAUACUUUCAUCAGUAGCAGUUCAAACGGAGGAAACUCUUACACGAUACAAAUCCUCUAAGAGUUUAAGACAAUUUAAUCAUACAUUAGAUAGAUUAGCCGACAAAGCAAGAUCCAUAAAUGAGCAAAAAAUUGAUGUUUCAGCAGUAAAAACACAAUGGUGGUUUGAUCAACUAUUGUCGCCGAGUAUUGAAAGGAAAACGUUAAGUGAAUACUUAACAAAUGAAAAAGAAGAUGUUGUAUCCAGCUAA